UAAUUAAUAAAUAAAAUAAAAUAUUAUAAUAGGUAAACAAUUAUUACAAAGGUGAAUAAAUAAACAAGUUAAUUAAUAUACAUUCAUAUAAUUUAAUUUUUGCCUGCAUGUAUUAAUUUACUGCAUGGUUUUGUUCACUUAAUUGUCUGCUCAUUUAUUAAUUGAGUGUUUAUUUAUUUUUAAAUAUGUCGGAGUUGGUCCUCCACAGUUGAUUGAGUCAACUUACGGCAUUUAUACCCCUUUAUACUCUGAUCCCAGUCGGGAACACACCUUCCGUUGUUUAUUUAUUUAUUAUUUUUGAGAAAGGUUCAAACACAGCAAAUUACGUGCAUCUCUUUCCACCAUAAAACUUCCGUUCCUAGCAUUUCCGGUUCCUCCCAACCGUCCAGCCCCACAGCCCAAGUUACCAUUAUUAGCAAAUGGGCAGCGCCCCGGCUCAACCUAUCGCCGCCGCGGACGAUGACCCACCGGUAACUUCCUUUUUAAGUCUGCAAAAGAAAAAGCAGAUCUGCUGGUGGGAAGUUGGAAUGGAUGGCUGAGCUCCACAUUUAAAAGUGAUGCCAAGUGGCAAGGCCAUGUUGCCGGGAGUGGGUGUUUUUGGCACCGGGAGCACGGCCCGAGUGCUGGUGCCGCUGCUGCAAGCCGAGGGCUUUGAAGUUCAGGCGCUCUGGGGACGGAGCGAAGAGGAAGCUCGCAGCUUGGCAAAGGAACUCGGCAUCCCGUUUCACACCAGCCGAUCCGACGACGUCCUCCUGCACCAAGAUGUCGACCUGGUGUGCAUCUACAUCCCCCCCUCAAUGACGAGGCAAAUUGCAGUCAAAGCACUGGGUAUCGGCAAGAAUGUCGUGUGCGAGAAAGCUGCAACUGCUGUGGAUUCAUUCAAGAUGGUGACCGCAGCCAGAUACUACCCCCAGCUGCUGAGCAUGAUGGGUAACACCCUGCGCUUUCUGCCGGCCUUCGUGGCGAUGCGCCAGCGGCUGGCGGAGGGAUACGUCGGGGACAUCCAGGUGUGCGACGUGCGGGUCUACGGCCCGAGCCUCCUGGACCAGUCGUACGGCUGGACCUGCGAGGAGCUCAUGGGCGGCGGCGGGCUGCACACCGCCGGCUCCGCCAUCAUCGACCUGCUAAGUUACCUGACGGGCACUAGGGCUCACCGCGUGCACGGCUUACUGCGGACCUUUGUGCAACAGAACAACCUAAUCCGAGGCAUCCGCCGCGUCACCAGUGACGACUUUUGUUUCUUCCAAAUGUUGAUGGGCGGGAGCGGCUCCUCUGGGGUGUGCUCCACCGUGACCCUGAACUUCAACAUGCCGGGGACGUUUGUGCACGAGGUCAUGGUGGUCGGGUCCGCCGGCAGGCUGGUCGUCAGGGGCACGGAGCUGUACGGCCAGCGCAACGAGAGUAAAUGUGAGGAGCUGCUGUUGGCCGACCACAGCGGGGUCGCGCCGGCGGCGAAGGAGAUGCCCCUCCCUCACCGGCAGGGGCUGAGCUCCAUGGUGAAGGCCUUAAGACAGUCCUUCCAGGCUCACGAGGAGCGGCGCUCGUGGUCCCGGGGACCGGUUGCCUCGGCUCCGACCUUCGAGGACGGCCUGUAUGUGCAGACGGUGGUGGAGGCGGUGAAGCAGUCCAGCAACAGCGGGGAGUGGGUCUGUGUGGAAAUCAUGAGCCAGGAGCCGGAUCCCAACCAGAACUUGUGCGAGGGGCUGCAAAGAAACAAAAACUGAAGCCGAACCUUUUUUUUUUUUUUUUUUUACUCAGUGCAAAAACUACAUGCGUGGCAGAACGGGACUCUGAGCGUCUCUCUGUGAUUCAGCUGCUUUGGCCGUUUACAUCACACGCGACUACUUUCUUCCACAUGUUCACUUCCUCUCAGGUUCUGCAGAGUGAUAUUCUACCUAAACAAACACAGUUGCAUUGUGUGCUGGUGCCUGGGGGGGGUUGAUUUGUUUGUACACGAAAUGUACUCAUUGUAGUCCACAGCCUUACUAUUUAGAUUCUGACCAGUAGAUCUAUAGAUCGCCCAUUAAACCCAGUGACCAAGAUGUGCCGGCGAGGCUGUAGAUGCUUUCUAAAUCUGGCUCAUUUAAAAUAAUGAAUGUAUUUUUCCAUUCUCAUAAUUUGUAUCUUGUCAGUAAGACAGAACACCUACAUUAGACAUAUCCAUAUAAACAACUAGGCAUUUGCACAUUUUACAAUAAUAAAUAUAAUAUAUGGGCUUCAUUUUUACAACAAAGACUCUAGCGCCAUAUUUCCACACUUUCAAUUACUGUAAAAUGUAUUUAGAUUAAGACCAAUUGAUCUGUAUUGUGCUUAAUAUCUUAAUUUUUUUUGUUUGUUUGACUUCAGACUGGUCAUAUUAACGUCUGUGGGACAUUCAGCGCAGUUUACCUUAGGUUUAAAUAUGAAAGAAGAGGAUGCAAAGUGCUUUGACUUUGCAUUUGACUUCAAUUCAAAUUACCUCUGACAGUGAAAUCGGGUCUCAAUGGAAAUAAUGACGCCGUGUGCAGUUUACAUUUGGUUUUGUUUUAUUUCGGUUGGUUUAGUUGUUGACAAUGUUAGUACUGGUGUAACAAAUACUUUUAUGAGAGUCAAUAAAUUCAUAAUUUUAAGCGUUUUAAAUGUAAUGAAGCUGAGAACAUAGUGACUUACAAACAAUAUAAGGAAGUAUUUGACCCAAUAAAGUAACAUUCAGCCAAUAAUGUGAAAAGAUAUAUUCCUCCAAACAUCAAAUCAUACAUUUAGAUAUCUCAGCCGUGAGCGUUUUUAAUCUAGCUCUCAUGACAAUAACUUAGAGAAUGCAGCCUAGGCACCAUUAAUAAUUACCUAAAAUAAGACUAUUGAUCUUUGCUGGGCAAACCACCAAAGUUGCAACCAAUCCGAUUUAGGUAGUAAUAAAUCAUCAGCUGAAGUUACUAUAUUACAGUUUAAUUACAUGUUAUAUUAUUGGCAGAAUGUUAUUAACUCAAAAAUAACUCAGAAAUCAUUGGCAGGUUUAUUGUUGUUUUUAUUGGCUUCGUUACAUUUAAAAUGGGCAAAAUUAUUACAUUAUAGGUUGCUAAAGGUAACCACAAAUGUAUAUUUUUUUCCUGUUACAACUUGGCAUGGCAAAUAUACCAGGGAUUAAGUAAAAUAAGCUAUGUAGAGAAUAGAACAGUCUCUUUUGUAGCAUUGUCCCCCUGUAAAAGGACCAGUUAAGUCUAAAAGUGCCACCAAAACCAUGUGGUAAAAGAUUUGUUUUACAAAAAUCAAAUUACAAACUAUAGCUAUUGUUGCAACACAAACUAAACCAUGCUCUGGUAAUAAGGGACACUGUGGUGAAAAACAUUCCAUUUACAAUCUUUUUAGCUAUCAAAACUGAAUGUAAGUGUGGAGAACUAACGUUUCCCAACAACCUGUUCGGUUUAUUUGGCAUCCUGAGCUACAGGGAAGUUUUUAGAUAAACCAGAGCUGGAGCUUUAAACGCAAAACCUGUGGAUAUUUGACGACUAAGUUUAAAGAUACCAAAUUUUGUUUACAUUUGUUUGGUUUUGCUUUUUUUCCCCUCCAAUCUACCACACAGCUUCUAUUUUUUUUGUUCCAGUCACGGCUCCAGUUUAAUUGUUAGUGUUGGAGGCGUUAAAGAGUUGGUGGGGGUAUUUCUUCUUUUUGAUCAGCUAACAUGGAUAUUAAUAUACUUGUUACACUUUUUCAGCAUGGCUGUAGUUUACAUUACCUUUCUUUAGAAACCCCCUCUGCUUUCUGCUGGAUCCAUAACAGCUAAAAUGCAUUCCAGCUGAUUUUUAUCACCUUGUCAGCAAAUGUCCUUUGUCUUCACACUGAUAAAACGCCGCCCAGUUUAAUGCUUGCACCAGCCGGCUUACUGCAAAUGUGACUUCUAACAUAUAUAAGAGAGAGACUUUUUGUAUUUAUUUAUUUUUUUUCCCUGUAGAAAGUUUAUUGGCCUGUGAAUUUUCUGUUUUGAUGCUGUAAUAUUUAUAUAUCUAUUGUUUCUGUGUUUAGUCUUGUUUUAACUAAUUGCAUUUUAAGCACUAAUUUGCUGCUUCAAAGUUGAUAAACUGUACUGUUAUUCUGUGAGACAGUUAUUUUCCUUUUUAAUAAAAACAGUUGUUUUCA